AGUUUGUUCGAGUUUUCGGCGCUCUAUGAGUCAGGCCUUCCAGGCUUUGAAAUCCAUCGUAGUCGACAGUAACUCUCAGGCAGGCGGAAUUAAACCCAGCACCGAGGCAGCUGUCAGUGCUAAAAUGACGUUCAGCCGCUUGUUAUCUCGAGCUGUUCUCGUUAACAGGGCCGGAUCCAGAUCAGCCUUCACUAGCUCCAAGAUGGACACAGCCAACCCCAACUGGCUGCAAGUGGGUCUUGCAUUUGGAACAUCGGCUUUUAUCUGGGGCCUGCUCUUCAAACAGCACAGCACAGAUGUUCACAAGUACGAAGUGAAAAAAGGCCUUCUGUGAUCUCUAGGGAAGGCAGGAAGAGUUUGUAUCCUCUCUGUUGGACACAUCUGCUUCUAUUCCAUGUAACCCCCCAACCAGAACUCUGUAGAAUACAAAGAAAUAMGAUAAAUAAAUGUUAGGUGUGAACUGUGGAGUCCUGAUUACUUUGCGUAUGUAAUUAAGAAGGAUUUGACUGACACCAGGACGUUAUGUCUGUAUUCACUGUUACAUUUCUAUUAAUCAACUUUACACUCUUAUUUCUGYCCUGUGUUAAAGGAUGUAGUCAUGUCUGUGAUGAUGCAUGCUGGGAGCUUUUAUCUGAACAAAGACUUUAUCUGACAUCAUUAAUUCAUUUCACAGUUACUCAAAAUCACAGUGGAGAGCAAAGGUGGAUCAACUAAGUAUUCAUCAGUGGGGAUGAAUUCAAAUGCACUACACACUUUUCAGAUUUUGAAAAUCAYGUGUCACUUGUAUUUACUGUUAUGUGAUUCUGUGAGUUGAUUGUCACUCAAUAUUGA